CCACGGUUUUGCUGGGAUGAACAUGCCACUGCACCAAAUCUCUGUCAUCCCCCGUGAUGUCACUUCCUCCAGAGUGUCUGGCAGCGGGAAGGCAAAAGAAAAAGACAAACAGAAUGAAAAGCCGCUGGGUCAUUCUGCAAGCAGGUCCAGCAACAUUUCAAAGGCUGGGAGCCCUACGUCUGUUAAUGCACCCUGCAGCUUCUCCCGAACCUCCGUCACUCCCUCCAGCCAGGACAUCUGCAGUUCUAACACGUCGACGACAGAGCAGGGUUCCCAUAGGCCUUUGCAGACGGCUCUUGUGCUGUUGAACUCAAAUGGCAGAAGCUCAGGUUCACAGAGUGUCACCACCACCAUGCUCUGUCCUCCGGAACCACCCGCCAAGCCCAAAAACAAAAACUUGUUUGGUUCCGAAUGGCUGUCUCUGCUCAGACUGGAUUCUGGCAAAAGUCUUAAGUUUUCCAGAUCUCUGAAUGACAUGGGUCAGAAGAUGGACAGUCUGUGCAGCGGCUUGCACUUUAUCGACCGCACAUGCUCAGACGGAGAACUGGGUUCUGAAAUGGACACGCACAUGCAGCGUGAUACAGAUGCCAAAACUCUCAACGGCAAACCAGUGCACCUGGUCCCCUCCUUCCUGCCGCGGCCGCCGUCUUUCUCCACAAACUACAAAUAUAUUGGACCCCCCGAGCUUUGCCAGAACCAAAGCGGCCCGCAUGCGGACCUCCAGCGGAGUUCGAACUUCCUCCGUCUGUUUUUCCCCUUCCCUCGUUCCUCUACCUUAGGCAGCCUCCGGGCUUCGGAGCUGGGUAGCUACACCUCACGCCUCCACAUGGCCAAAUCCUCCAGCACCCUGAUGGAGGUGAGUGAGUGUUGUGCUGUGGAAGAGGUCGGAGAUGACGAUGUGUUUGAGGAAGACGCUCCAAAUCACGUUGGGACGACGCCGGAUGGCUCCAGAGCUCCCCUCUGCUCCCUGGAUGAAGACACUGAUCUGGACCACUGUGACCCAGACUGCUUUUCCACACCGCUGGCAGAAAAAACAGGCCCUCUCUCGCCCUACUCAUUGUCUGGAGACUGCUGCAGGAUCUGCCAUUGUGAGGGUGAUGAGGACAGUCCUCUGAUUACGCCUUGUCACUGUACGGGAAGCCUCCGUUUCGUGCACCAGGCCUGCCUUCAGCAGUGGAUCAAGAGUUCAGACACACGCUGCUGUGAACUCUGCAAGUAUGAAUUCAUAAUGCAGACCAAACUCAAACCACUACGCAAGUGGGAGAAACUGCAGAUGUCAGCCAGUGAGAGAAGGAAGAUUAUGUGUUCAGUCACGUUCCACGUCAUCGCCAUCACCUGCGUGGUGUGGUCGCUCUACGUUCUGAUAGACCGCACCGCCGAGGAGAUCAGACAAGCGGGGAGAAUACCAGGAGGACUAAAGCUGCAUCCUGGCCUCACAUACGGAGCCUCCAAAAGCAGGAUUCUGGAGUGGCCCUUCUGGACCAAGCUUGUGGUGGUGGCGAUUGGCUUCACAGGAGGACUGGUGUUUAUGUAUGUGCAAUGCAAGGUGUACAUUCAGCUUUGGAGAAGACUGAAGGCCUACAACAGAGUAAUAUAUGUGCAGAACCGCCCAGACACCUGUAAAAAAAUUGUUUUCGAAAAACCUGCUCUAAUGGAGCCAAACUUAGAGAACAAAGAGACUCUUGCACCAACGCAGUCUGACACAAACUCUUCACAAUACACAGAGACGGAGGACUACAGCAUGGAGAUUCUCCACGUUUGACCCAAGGACUAUUAACCUUCUAUACAGGACUUUGCCUGUCAUAGCACCUCUCAGACAUCCUGGGAUGUGCCACACAGCACUGCGCAGAGUGACUGAGUCAGAGCUGUUUCUCUUCACAUGUUAUUUUUUUUCUUUGUUUGUCUUUUCUCUUCCUGUAAGUUGCUGGCUAAUCAUAAUGAAUCUGUGUGCGCCAGGUCUUAGAACAUUCCAACUACUGCCAUUGUACUGCUGUUGUGUGAGGGGGUGAUCAGAGGUCUGUGGGUUAUGAGAGUGUGUAUUUGUGUGUGAGAGAGAGUGUGUGUUGUGUGUCUGCGCUGAUUCUAAUGAAGUCUAUAACAAGGCAUUCAAGCACUUUUUAUUUCUCUGAUACCCGGCUGUUGUAUUUUACUAUUCAUAGAAUUCUUUUUAUUCUACAUGCGGUAAUC